AUGUCGUACUUAUCUAGUGUUCUUGCGACACAUCUAACAGAUACAGGAAUGCGAACGUUCGCUUUUGGCACACUAUUAGAACCCGAUCUUCCUAGGGUAGGUACUAAGGAAGUAGAAGUUAGCGCCGCAGAAGUGACUAGAAUACGCUCGUCCUCUGCUUCUAACGACCGUCACGACCUUAACGCGCCCACGAACCCUGCCCAGCACCAGCAACGCCAGCAUUCAAGCUCCAGCUCACGACCACUGUUUAAUCAGACGUCUGAUCCUAUUGAGCGACUCUCUACACCCCGAAGUCUUCGCCGAACUCCCAAGUUUGACGUACCUCCAAGCCCAGGUCCCGAGCCACGCAAAUCCCACCGCCGAGCUGCUUCCCUUGGUUUUGAACCCAGGACAACCCUCGCGCCCGUUAACGAUCUACCGGAGACUCAUCCCACUGUAUUGGGUCUCAUCCCCGUUCGCUCAGCGCAGCCUCAAGUUCCCCGUCCCCGCCGACGACUUUCACAGGACUUGACUGAGGACCCUGACGAGGUCUCUUCCGAACAUCCCCCAACCCCUCCAAGACAGACUCCUUCUCUACCUGCAAACUACCCAGAGCCUCACCCUGUGGUUAAGAUCUCCAAGCAUACCCACAGUGCCAUCCUCUUUGCACUCGAGGAGGCGCUGCGCAAUCCCAAUCCUUUCACCCCAGAUCUUGAAGAGGAAUCUGCAAGUAUGGCCGACCUUCUGGCUUCCGGAGGUAUACCUCCAGCCUCUAACGGCAAACCUGCAGCUCCUCCGUUCCGCCCUGGCUCAGCUCCUGGUCAAUCCGGUUCACCAUCCGGAAUUAGAGGUCCGAGGAUGAUCAUGCAGGAACGCGCAGCUCGCGAAGCGCGACAACGUGCAGAGGCCGAGGCGCAACAACGCGAGAGAGCGGAACAAGAGGCGCGCAUUUUGGAACAAGCUCGGAGAGCAGAGGAACAGCGUAGAUCUGCUUCUGGCGUUGCUGGUGGGCAGGGUACUGAUGCGGAAGCGCGCCAAUCCAUGAACCCCCAGCGACAGGCGCAACCCGCAUCCGACAAUACAUCAGCUCGUCCUCGGGCAAACACUACUGGUCAAGCACCACAUAAUCGAGCUGGCCGAUCUGGUACAACCAACCAACCACCCCCUCAGACAUUCACUGGUCCAACCCCUGGGGCACCACCCAACUUCGCUGCUCAAGGCGCAGAAAGCGGAAAUCAGGGAGGUUCCGGUGGGUCAAAGCCCCGUAACUCCUUUCCUCACGCCUUUGAGCGAUGGGAGACAUUAUCCGCCCAUUGGGAGGGUCUCACCAGCUACUGGAUACGCAAGCUCGAACAAAAUAAGGAUGAAAUGAAUCGGGAUCCCCUCAACCAGCAACUGGCCCGUCAAGUAACAGAUCUAUCUGCUGCCGGAGCCAACCUUUUCCAUGCCGUGGUUGAGCUCCAGCGUCUUCGUGCAAGCUCCGAACGCAAGUUCCAACGCUGGUUCUUUGAAACCCGUGCAGAGCUGGAGCGUGCACAAGAAGUGAACGCCAUGCUUGAAACUGCCUUGGACCAGGAACGCCGGGGUCGCGCUGAUGCUAUCCGCGAAGCUGUCGAAAACGAGCGUGGUACUUCCAAAGCUCAGAAGCAGCUUGCUGAGAUGCGCAAGGAGCUAUCUAUAUCCAAAGAAGAGGCACGCCGGGCAUGGGAGGAACUGGGACGACGCGAGCAAGAGGAGCGUGACAGAACUUUGUCUCUCCAGUCAGGGCAGCCUACUAUUGUCGGAGGCGUUCAGGUUGUCCCGAUGACCCAAGGCGGACCCAGACAUCAGAGCAGCCGGGCUCAAGGGGCCUACCAAACUGAAUACGGCUCUGGUUAUCCACCUGAAGCAAGGUCGUCUCCCCAGCAUCAGCCUCCCGUGACAAGCGCCGGCGACCAAUACCGUCAGCAGGGACUUCAAGCACCAAUGUCAGAGGGUGGUUACAGCGAAGGUGAGUACGUGAUUGACGCAAACGGCAACUUUCUGCUGGAUGCCCAAGGAAACAAGAUUCCCUUCGCUGGACCGCCCUCUACAUAUUCUGGUUCUGAUGCUGAAGCAGAAGAGUAUGCGACACCCGCCACAACUGUGCCCCCAAGCGGGAAGCAAGAUUCUCCUUCAACCUCUACCGGAGGGGGAAGUGGCGGCAACGGUGGUCAGUGGACUGGCACAUACUCAGAUCCCCAAGACUAUAGCGGCCAAGGGUACGGCACACCUGGUUGGGAAACGGUCCCUCGCCAUCACCACCCUACUCGACUGAGCGAUGUCAUGGAAGAGGAGGACGAACGCAGCCGAGCAAGUACGAGCCGUGUUUAG